GUUUUGAUAGUGAACAUGCUCCGAUUUCAACAGCAGAUACCCCGUCAAGAGAGGAAAUGGAAAAUUGGUCUGCAAGAGCCCGAAGACCAGCCCCAUGAGAAGAGGUCAAGUCAGAACAUGGCGCAGAUGCAUAAGAGACUUGGCUGGACGGACGAUAGAGACUGCAUUACAGAAGACAAAUAAGAGCACUCCAGCACCCUCUCGUCUUUCCAUCUCAGACAACAAUCUUCUACAGUUCAACCAGCGACCAUCCACCUUCCCAUCUUGCUACACAGCCAAUUCCAACAGACUCAUAUCAUAAAAUAUGUCGGUCCCCAAUGCAACAAUCGCAUUCUUCGGCGCUACAGGCGGCACCGCCUGCUCCGCCCUCGCCCACGCUCUACGUUCAGGAUACCACUGCACAGCUCUAGCACGCACGCCCGAGAAGCUGCACUCGAUGCUCACAAGCGAGCACAAACUCGACGCCUCGCUCCUCACCACGAACCUAACCAUCAUCCCUGGCCACGCAAAAGACAUCCCCGCCGUAGCAAAAACCCUUAUCUCCCCCCUCUCCCCCACCCACCUCGUCUCAACAAUCUUCUCCGGCAUCGGCAGCCUGCCUAAAUUCCAAGUCUCCCUCCUCAACCCCAUUACGCUCACUGACAUGUCUAUCUGCUUCGACUGCACGACCACGAUCUUCUCCGCGCUCGAAGUCCUGCGCGAGCAGAACAUUAGCAGCGCUGUUGACGGACGCAAACCGCUGUUUUUGUUUAUUUCUACGACGGGCUUGAGUAACAAGAAGAGAGAUGUGCCGUUCGCGUUGUGGCCGCUGUAUCGUUGGUUGCUGCAUGUUCCGCAUGAGGAUAAGAAGAAGUCUGAGGAGUUGCUGUUUGCGGAUCGGGGGGGACAUGUGAGGGAUUUCGUGAUUGUGAGGCCGACUUUGUUGACGGAUAGUGAGCCGAAAGGGGCGCAGAGUGUGAAGGCGGGGUGGGAGUGGGGGUUGGAUGAGGCCAGGGAUGGAGUAAAGGAAUUGGGGCCAAUGCUGGGGUAUAGUGUGGGGAGGAAGGAUGUUGGGGAGUGGAUCUUCAAAAAGUGUGUCGUUGAGGGGGGAUGGGAGGGACGUUGUGUGAGUUUGACUUAUUGAUUAGGAGAGACGGUCAGUGAUUGUUUGGGAAAGGACGGCCAGGAAGAUCGUUAAUAUGUGUUAUUCUUGUUUUAGUUUUGUUUAUUGACGCACCUAAUCGAUAUGACUGCUAAUAGUGAAUGUCAUGUAAAACUUGUCAGUCGUUUGUGGCGUGAGUAGCAGUAGUCUGCGCUAGUUAUUGUUAACACUGUAGUCUUGGAACAUAGGUUAGGAGCAAACUCAAG